UGCCGUGCGCGCACCUUGUUAUAUUAUAUUAGAUAAUCUCAAAAUAUUAAACUAUAGUUCUAAUGUUAUUAACUUGUUAGUAUUUACUUACCAAACUAAAACAAUAUUUAAUUUAUUUUUGUGUGAUUUAAAUAAUUACUGACAUAAGCUUAUCUAAAGCCAAAGUUUUAUCAAAAUUUACAAACAUUGGAUAACUCUGUAAAUAAAUUAGUUCGUUUUCAAAUUUAAGUUUCCGAAGUUUUUUUUAUAUAUUUUAACUGCAUCAUUUUGUACAUUGUGCUUUAUAAAAAUAUAUAAUGAGUCCCAAAAGUGCGAGUGCAAAAAAAACCGAUGUUUCUUCGAUCGGAAAAUUAUAUCUCAUAGCAUAUAAUACUGUACAAACUUUAGGAUGGGGAUACCUGUUGUUACAAACAUUAGUAUAUUUCCUGAACCGAGGCACUCUGGACAACUAUUGGAACGAAAUCAAGUGGACUGUAGUAAUCUUCCAGAAUGCUGCAAUACUUGAGGUGGUGCACGCGGCCACCGGCCUGGUGCCGUCGGGCGUGGUGACGACGCUGGCGCAGGUGUACUCGCGCGUGUUCCUCGUGUGCGGCGCGCUGCUCGCCACCACCGGCGCCACGCUCAGCCCCGGCCUGCCGCUCUGCGUGCUCGCCUGGUCCAUCACAGAGACCAUCCGAUACGCGUACUACGCUCUCAACCUCGUCAAGUUGGUGCCGCAUUUCCUGCUAGUCACCAGGUACUCCACGUUCCUGGCGCUGUACCCGCUGGGCGUGACGGGUGAACUGCUGUGCAUGUACCACGCGCUCGACGAGAUCGCCGAGAGGCAGCUCUGGUCCGUGGCCAUGCCCAACCCUUACAACUUCGUCUUCAGCUACUACCACUUCCUAGUAUUCUACAUGUUCCUGUAUGUUCCUCUGUUCCCCGUACUUUUCGGUCACAUGAUGAGCCAAAGAAGAAAAAUGUUGGGAAAAGACCCGAAGAAAACCCACUGAUUGAAUAAUACGGGUUUAUUACAUAAGUAGUUGUUUUUUUGUGGAAAUUCUUGAGGCGAUUACUUAGUGGUUACCUUAUUUGGCAAGCACUAAAUGCAAAUUCCUAUUUAUUAUUUUUAACCUUAAUUGUAAGAAAGCGUUUGCGAUAUGUAUUAUUUUACUAACAAGUUAGUGACCAUUCUAUGUGAGGAUUGUGUAGUUACUGUGUGACAAAAUCAGAUUAAAAAUAUUAAUGCGCUUUAACGCCACUAGAGACAAACGUUAGAAGAUUCAAGACUUUACUUCGGAUCAUUUUAUUUGGCCACCAAUUCCUAAUGUACGCAAUACUCUUCGCUGUGCUAUCGGCAAAUAUAUGGCUGCGACACUUUACACGCACAUAUUUGCAACGUUAACGAAGUAGAAGCAAAAUUAAUAUUACGUCUUAAAGUGCGUAGUGUUUUGAUUCUUUGCGUUUAAACAACGAGCACUUAGUUUGCGGGUGCACUGAUACUUAAAGCAUAUUUGCUUAGCUUACAGCGCAGUUGUAGUUUGCAAUGUGGAUGAUGUCUCUAAAGAUACCCGAGCUAUCUAGUAAAGUAUGUACGGCGGUUUAUACUUUCACUUGUUCAAAGCAUAUUUAUACAACUCUCUUCGGGGAUAUAUAUGCAGCCUGCGCAAAAGUUAGUUCUUGUAUUUAACAAAGGCAAUUAUACAUAUAAUUAGGCUCGUUGCAGUCUUACGUUAUCUAUUACUAGUCGCUUUUGUGAAAUGCAAGAAUACCUUCCAGAGAAAUUCCUCAUGUACCUAUAUACAUCUUAUCUUGUAUGUAACUAAUCUAUAACUAGAUCACGGGAAUUAUCUAGUCGUGAUUACUAACUAUAAAAUGGUCAUAAACAAAAGCUUAACCAAAGUUUUAUACAUUAUAAUAAUUUAUUACUGCUACUUAAAUGUAUGUUCUUUUAAUUAAAAGGUUUUGUAUUAACUUGCACUUCGCUAUCGAUGUUGUUAUGUUUGGUAUCGGGUGGUCGGUUAAGUUAAUGCAUUAUCGUGAGCUAUUCUAGUUGCGGCCCGGGGUAUCUGGGUACUUAUCAUUCGAGUCCGAUUAGAGGUCAAAUUAUUCUAGAAUACUGAUGAGCGAAUAUUCAUUCAUUACAUUACUGCGAACAAUGCCUUAAUUAACAUUUUUCAGGCUGCGACAUUUGUGGAAUUGUAAUUAAGUAUAAUCAUUAAGUUAAUGUCAUUAAUGUGUUUCAUAAUAUGUAUCUACUUUAUUACAUUUGCUUUUGAUCAUUAUAUAAAUAUGCAGUUUUGUAAUUAGAAAUCGUUGUUAAUGUGCUAUUCCUACAUUAACUUAUUAAGAUAUGGCUCGUUGAUAUGCCUUCUACCCUAGUACCAAUUUAGUGUGCAAGUAGACUCGUGACGGUGAAAUUACUAUGGCGGAGUCGUGAAAGAGAGCGCUUGCGCAGUGAUAGAUUAUGUAGGUACCGCUUUGUAGUAGUAGUACUUACGCGGGCCGCGCCGCAAACAUUCACCUGGAAAGUAGGUAGAGCGUAGCGCGCACUUACGACGGACUGACUUGUUGCAAUUGCCGGCAACGGUACUAAGAGGUUACGUCACGUUCCGAGUUGUCUAUUUACUCCCGUAAGAGCUCAUCUCGAGUGGAUCGACGUCAGUCCGGCGGCAGAGUUGUUGGCGUAACCGCUAUAAGUACCUAUUGAGUAUUAAGCAAACAGCACGUUCAAAUACAUAUUGCGUUCCUGGUACAGCUUUCAUUUAAUGAUUCGGCACUAUUGGUAUUCAGUUCAUAAACGAAAACCAAGACACGAAGCGUUCAUCUACUCAGUUUUCGAGAAAAUAUAUUUGUAGAGGUAUAAAGGGCAUCUAGUUUAUUUGCGAUUGAAAAACAAUCAUGUUUUUCAUCUGUGUGUUACCUUGGUCUACAUUAGAGUCUGUGCGG